AGUUUGGUCCAGAACUUCUCAUCUAUUAGUCCUCUGCACAAUUCGACGAAAAGAAAAUCAUGUUCAGAUUAUUGAUACCAUGCUUAAUAUGGCUGUCAACGGUGCGCUCGGAGGCUGGAAUGCAGAUGAACAUGCCGGAUGAGCCGCUGAUGGACAGAACAUCAGAUACUUCGAUGCUAAAGGCAAAGAGAGAAUCCAUUCAUCAGCCCUGCGGACCAAUUUACUCGCACAUUCCCGCUUAUUCACCUCCAUCCGUUUACGUUAAACCCUUGAUUCAGCAGACUUAUCUGAAAAAGGAGCUAGGACUAGCUCAACCCUUAGCUCAUUUGCAGUAUAUUCAGCAACCACCCGUCUAUUCCAGCGUAGUACCAAAACCGGCCAUCACAUAUGUGAAGCCGGUGACACCUGCGAUAGACUAUCACCCAGUGCAUCAACCCGUGCAGUACAUCAAGCCUGUGAUGCCCGAGCCUCAAAAGCUGUCGUACACGCCAAUUUAUCAGAAACCAUUGUACGCUUACGCACCUAUGUAUCAUGACGCGAUGCCGAAAAUCUUUCUGAAGAAGUAUGAAACGCCCGUCACUCACAUCGCCUAUCAAAAGCCACUGAUCCAUGAUCCCGUUCCGUACGCGGCGCCGAAGGUGGUGCAGGUACAAACGCCGGAGUUAUCCUACGCAAAACCCGUUGUUCAUGUUCCGUCUCCCUUAUACGCCCCACAACCUGUUCAUAAUUCUGUCAUAGUUAAACCGCAUUGUGUAUAGACGACUCGAUCGCGCGCAACGUAGAUUAGAGCUUUACAGAAUGUGAAAACUUCCAAGUUCCAGCGCGGGCAAUUUUUUCAUCGAUUGACAUUUAAACCUAAAAGUAACGCUAGACAGAUUUCAAUAAAUAAAAAAGCGUAAAAUUUUGAUUUAAUGAUAUAAUGCGUUUGUAUACAUUAUCCAUCUCUCGUCAAAUAUCAGAAUUUGUAAGCUGUCAAACAUAAUAGAUUUAAUCUGAAAAUAUACAAUAAAAUUAUUUUCCUUUUACAAUCGAGUGUUUUAAUUCCUAAUUAGAGUGCAGAAAACAUCAAGCAUAAAUAUAGAUAUAAAAUGUACGAUAUAUCUGAAAUAAAAGAAUCACAUAAUUGUACGUAUGCUAUAAAUAGAAAAAAUAUGAUUUUCAAAAAUUAGUUAUAAAAUUUGCCAUAAGCAUGAAUUUUCACUACAUGUUCAAAUUUUUAUCCAGAGAACAAUUAUAUGGAUAUAAAUUUCAUAAGCAUAGAUGUAGUGUACAAUA